GCCGCUCGGAGCGGGGUGUGCUGCGGGGUCGGGACCGGGCUCUGGAGCGGGACCGGCAUUAGGAGCGGGACCGGGGCCGGCGGAGCCGGGCGCGCCCCCGAGCGGCGGGGCGGGGAGGGCGGGCAGGGCUCCGGGACAUCGCUCCGCUCCGGGGCACCCCCGGGCACCGCUCGGCUGCUCUCGCCGCCCCGGGACCCGCCCCGCCCGGCUGCGGGGCACGGCGGCAGCGCCCGGCCCGGCCCCCGCUCGGCCCGGCCCGGCCCGGCUCGGGGCGGCCAUGCAGCGCCCGCGGCCGUAGCUGAGCGCGGCGCUGGGCCGGGCCCGCGGCCCCGGCGGCCCCGGCACCAUGAGGAACGGCGAGGACCUGGAGGGCUUCGACGGCGAGGCGUCCAGCGCCUCCAUGAUCUCGGCCGCCAGCAGCCCCUACCAGCCCACCACCGAGCCCGUCAGCCAGCGCCGCGGGCUGGGCGGCCUCCGCUGCGACCUGGACUACCUGCGGGGCACCCUGGGCAGGAUGAAGGUGGCCGAGGUGGUCUUGGCGCUGACGGCAUUCAUCUGCAUCGAGACCAUCAUGGAAUGCUCCCCCUGCGAGGGCCUGUACUUCUUUGAGUUUGUCAGCUGCAGUGCCCUCGUGGUCACCGGGGCUCUCCUGCUUUUGUUCAGCCUAAACCUUCACACGAGGAUACCACAGAUCAACUGGAAUCUCACUGAUCUGGUCAACACUGGACUCAGCACUUUCUUCUUUUUCAUUGCCUCUGUAGUACUUGCUGCUUUAAACCAUAAAACUGGAGCAGAAAUUGCUGCUGUGGUGUUUGGUUUCCUGGCAAUGGCAGUGUAUGCUGUGAACACAUUCCUGGCUGUUAGGAAGUGGCGAGUGAACAGGCAGCAGAGCAGCCGACAGACCAGCGACUACAUCCGUGCUCGGACAGAGUCCAGGGAGGUCGUUCAUCGCCCGGAGAUCCAGCGCCUGGACGCGUGACAGACCUUCCAGGGGGACUGCAAAGGGAAACAAGUGCUUGACUCCCUCAUGGAAUAAGGGUUUUUUCUUUAUUUACGGAGGAAAAGGAAGAUCAGAGGGUGGCAGAGGAUGCCCAGCCCUGUGUGUGUGCCGAGUCAGGAGCUGUUGGCUGGAGGCAGGAAAUGGUCAUUCAAAAGGAAGAUCCAUUCAAGAUCUCUGCAUAUGUAUAUGCAUAUAUUAUAUAGCUUAUAUAAUAUAUUUUAUAUAUAUGUUUUGAAGUAUGUUACUGUUCUGGAUUGACUGCACAGUGGUUUCCUUCCCCCUCUGGAGAUCCGUGUUCUUCGUCUGCCGCGAACACUUGGGACCAGCCCCCCCAGCACGCCUGGCUUGGCUCUCACGGGAGAGGAACCCACCAGAAGUGAUUUCAUACCCCCAGGAGGGAGGUGAGGGGCAAACAGCAAUAACUUCAGCCACGUCCCCUGUCCAGCAAACUGUGUCUGCCCAUCCCCACAGAGCCCCAUCCGCAGGAGCUCCCGUGGCACACUCGGCUGGAGGAGCUGGAAAGCAUUCCCGGUGUUCGGGGUGGGUCCUGUGCCCACUGCAGUUCCUGUGUGCUUGGGGUGGGUCCUGUGCCCACUGCAGUUCCUGUGUGCUUGGGGUGGGUCCUGUGCCCACUGCAGUUCCUGUGUGCUUGGGGUGGGUCCUGUGCCCACUGCAGUUCCUGUGUGCCCCUGGCCAGCUCUGAACUCGUGUGCAGUUGCUGGGGGUCCUUGGGAUGCACCAGUGCAAGGAGGUGGUUCUGUGCUAAUGGUGGGAUAUGUUCUCUUUUUCAUUCCAAAAUGGGAGACAGGUGGAGAAAAGGGGUUUGAAGGACACAGUAGAGAAAGAAAGGGUUGUCAUCCAAUAGACUUAAUUCCAGCUAUGGCUUUUUUUUUUUUUUGGCCCCCUUUUUUUUUUUUUAUUUUAAGGUUCAACAUUUCUAGAAGUUUUUGCUAGAACUUGCUUUCUCUCCAAGCCCAGGGUAAGCAAGAACUAGCAAAAAAUUAUGUGCUUAUAAAGUGUUUCUAAGGUUGCAAAGUUGUGAUUCAUGUAAGAGAAAUAUUUCUUUUUGGAAGGAUGGUGGUUCUAAAAUUAAAACCAUUGGUAGUAGGUAAACCUGAUUUAAUUUUUUUUGAAGUAGAUGUUUCUGCAGAUUUUUCCCCCAAAUAUUUCUUUGGAAAAUGAAUUUAGCUAAUUGGAAGAUAAUAUGGUUGUAUUGAUUUGUUUAGAAAUAGUUUUACCUAACUGAAAUUUUCUUAUUUUGAUUGUACUUCCAGUGAAUGAAUUACAUUUUUCUUUACUAAACCUCAAAUUCUGUUCCUAAUAAUACCGUAAUAUUAUUAGGAAGAUGUCUCUUGAUAUUUUUCUGUUUCUUUGCUUGGUGUUUUUGUCUGUGUAAUUCAUUAUUUGGCAUUUGCCUGCCUGCAUGUCACAUGAAGACAUUGUGGGGGAGGAGAUGUCUGGAGCUGAAUUCCUUUCUGGUGUGAGGAAUAUGAAAAUCCAUGGGAUUAGUGGGACUGAGUGACUGUCUGCCAUGUAUGCCUGAAUCUGUGUUCUGAUGUAGCUGUACUCUGCAGGGGGUGACUGCAGGUACCUGGAGCCUUAAGAAAUAGGUUGUGUUUUAACCAUGAAAACCAGGUUACACCAACCAGGAGAUCAGUAGAAGUGCCUGGGAUUUUUAAUGCUGGAGGGAACUGGGGUAGGGGCAGGUGUGACCCUAAUUCUGCAGUGUUCAAAUUGAGAGCAGAGAUUUAUCUUGAUGUGUGGGGAAAAAAGGUGACAGAGGUGAUGUCUUUGAAUUUUCAGUGCACUGACAUCUGCAAUACAUUUCACUUGGGUGGCUAAGAUGGAGAUUAAAAUUCAGAGUUACUGAUGGUUUUAAAGAAAAUUUGCAUUUUCUUAGUGAGCAGUGGUUUACCAGUUCUGUAGUAACAUUUUAUUGUGCUUUGUUGGAAGUUAAUGCCAAAGGGGUCAGUUUAAAAGAAGAUUGAAUCCUCUAAGCCUGGUGCUGGGUUUAGAACAGAGGCAUUUUAUUGUGGGGGUGUCUCACCAGGGUUGCUGUGCAUUCCUUGAGCAGGAAGUGACAGUUCCAUGUUCAGUGGUAAGAGUUUGUUAUUGCCAGUGGAGUUGUUCCAGCCCUGUGUUUGUCAGCACUGCCUGGCACAGUUUGCAAGGAGAGUUUGGAGAUACUUUUGUAGAGAGUUUAUGUGUGUAGAGAUUUGGUCAAUUUUUAAUAACUGGCAGUAAAAACCCCAGAAGAACCUUUUUAAAAGUAGCACAAGCAUACUUGGACUGGAAUUGUAAACUGGCAUUAAAGCAGUUUGUAUAAGGACUGUAAAAAACCCCAAACAAAACCAAAAAAAAACCAACCCAAAACAUCCCCCACCAAAACCAAAAGUGAACCAAAACCACCU